AUUAAGUUUUCAUACACGUGAGUCAAUACAAUUACAUUUGUGUUUUUAUGUAAGUGUGAUUCUAGAAGCUAUGACUGUAAACAUUCACGAGUACAACUCUGAUUUCUACGACUACGAAUUCUUCAUUAUGAACACAAAUUCAAGUUUGUGGGGACGAGUAAAGAACAGUUGAAAUGACGUCACUGCCGGCACAGGGCAGGUAAUCGAACCUUGAUUCCAUCUAAAGCGCAUGCGUCAAAGGUGAAAGAUGGCUAACAACAGACCUGAGGCUGCUAGCCCAGGCUCAGCAUCACAGGGCCAAUUAACAGACAUCUUAAGUGCAGCCCAAAACCUGGUGUUGCUAUUGAGAAACAGUGCACCGGCAAAUGUCAUGCCAGUCAGUCAGGGCAGUACAGGAGAAGCUGCUGUUGGACAGGGAGCGCAGUCAGUGAGGCCUCAGCGCAAUGACUCUGGACAGUCUGUCAAACAAGAAAUGGCUCGGUCUUUUCCUGGAUUUUUCCGAAAGGAGGCAAGAGGCAAGAAGCGUUUUGCACCAUAUACACCAACACAACCUGGGAAGAGCUUUUUGGUGAACUUUUUUCUUCUUGAAAAGCAACGUGAAAAAACACCAAAUGGAGAAGAGGAACUGCAGCUUAUACUGGCUGGCCUUGGAAAACGUUCAUUAACCCUUAAUGAAAACAUCACACAUUCAGAGUUUUCAGAUUUGCUUUUGAGCACAUAUCCAAGACUGGCAAAUAUCUGUGGAGGCUGGUUGCUGCACAAGUCCACAGGUGGGGGUGGGCAGCGGAGAUUGGCUGUUAUCCCUCCAGAUUUAAAUGGAUACACUGGCCAGCAGCUAAAAGCAGUGAGCGGGAAUGGAAAAUAUACAAUGUACAUUGCUCCUUUACAAGAAGAACUGGAUACAAUUCCUUUACCACCAGAAGCAAAGGAAUUUGAGAAGAUGCCCAAAGCCCAGUGUACAACCUGCAAAAAAAUGGUUCCGCUUCAGAUUCUUCCAGGACACAUAAAGGAAUGCAAGAAACAACUUGUAGAUUUGUGUGAUUCUGCUGAAGAAGAAAGCUGCAAGGAAGAACAUGAUGAAAGCUGCAAGGAAGAACAAUGCUCAGCUGCACUUUGCUACGAGAAAAGCAAGACCGCUGAGUGUCCUGUGUGCGGAAAUGCAUUUCAUCCUGAAAUCAUUGAGUUCCAUGCAGCCAGUUGCGGAUUACGAACUUCAGAUGAUGAUGGCCAUGAGUCAAGUGAUCCAAUCAGUACCUUUCAAAGUUCUGAGGACAUCUUGAAUUGGAUUGGUAAUCAGGUUGAUGAGACAAACACAUUUUCCAUCUGUGUGUCACGAACUGAUCUCUACAACAGAGGCAUGCAACAGUGGCAACGGCAGAAGAAGACCUCACCCAAAUGUAGACUUAAGGUCACAUUCUUUGCCGAGGCAGGCAUUGAUACUGGUGCCCUUUCCAAAGAAUUCCUCACAGAAAUGCUGGUAGAAAUAGAAAAAAGACUAUUUGUUGAAGGUCCAGAUAAGAAAGGGAAGAAUCCUGUUUACUGCCUUAACAGUUUGGACUGUAACUUCUUCAGGACUGCAGGAGAAGUCAUGGCAGCUAGUCUGGCACAAGGCGGACCUUGCCCUAACUUCCCGCGUGAAUGGUGCUUCAGAUAUCUCUGCUCUGGUGACUCUGACAGCAUUCAAGUGUCUGCCAGUGAUGUCACAGAUUUGGAACUGUCACAGCUAAUUGUAAAGAUAAACAACGCCAGUGAUGACAACAUCAGUGACCUGAUUGGUGACAUUGUGACCUGCGGAUACACUGGAAUCGUGUCUGAGGAUAAAAGGGACAGCAUAAUAAGAGCUGUUAUACUUCACUCCACCAUGAGACUCAUCCCGAUGCUUGACCAGCUCAGAAAAGGCCUGCAGCUCUAUGAACUACCAACGAUCAUGAAGACCCAUCAAGAGCUUUGCCAACCACUGAUGAUAAGGUACAUUUUGUCUCAACCACUCUUAGGCCAGACCUGA